AUGGCAAAAGGCCGCGGCCCUGAACAGCCAGCAUACAUACAUGUUAUACACCGUGUCACCACAAUGUUGAAGCCCUCUAUGAGCGAGCGUCUGAAUUUGAGACUUCCUGACGGUCCUGCAAAACAGAAACUUGAAAAGCAAGCGAAAGAGGAAAGAGCCAGACUGGAACUUGAAAAUGAAGCGGCAGAGAAAAGAGCCAAACAGACGAAACGGGACGCAGAGCAGUCAGAAAGAUCUGGAAAUAGAGGAAGACGUGGAAGGACUUCUCUUCCACCUGGACAUUCAAGCGAUAUCGACAGGGAUGAAUCCCCCCUAGAGAACAUCCCAAAAAAGCUGUACGGCCACCGAGACCAGCGAGAGACUUUCAAGAUUUUGCAAAAUCCCGGAACGGUGGCAAGGAAAUCCCGACAGAUCGAGGGCCUCGCGAAACAUCCCGGGCACGGAAUAAUGUUCCCCAAGGACGAGCAGAGAGCAGAAGGCGCACAAAUGAGCAGAAAAUUCCUCAGCAUUCUCGCGAGCAACGUGGGCAUAAUUCAUUGCCAGCAGAGGAUCCAGAGGGCAGAAAAACUUGAACGGGAUCGCGAAGAGAAAGAAGAUCGUGAAAGACGCAAAAGAGAGAUAAGAGAGAGGCAAGAAAGAUGGGAUGAGCAAGAUAGAAUAGGAAGAGAAGAAGAAGACAGAAUUUACAAUCAAAAAAGGGAAGACUCAUUAGAGCGCGCUUGGAAGAUCAAUAACCAAAAGGGCCAUGAAAGAAUAGCUAAAGAGACAGAAAGAGAGGAAUUCACUCGGGGAUCCAAGUCAAGAACAGCUACAAAGGAAAAAAUAGGCAGAGACGAAGGGGGACGCACAAAGCAAAAAGCGAAUGACAAUAAUGCAGUCAGACAAGAAAAGACGGGGACAACGUAUAUAUACACUAGCCGGGACGAAAGGGCAAGGGAUAGGAAGCCCAAAGAUAGGAGCAGAAGUAGAGGUCGAUACCAUAGAGACCAUGCGCGCGAAGAACGAGCUCCCCCAGAUACAGAGAGAGUGAGAAGUGCAAAGAAUACCGUGGGUAAGCCUAAGGAUCGGGAUCAGAGAGAACGCAGGAGUAGGGAUACAGGUGGAGCUGAUCAAUACGAACGAUAUGUUCGAAGUGGGGACCCGCUUCUCUCCAAUCAUAGCCCGGAUCCGAGAGCUCAUAGGGACAAUGAAAGCCGACAUGCUCCCCCGUUCACAAUGCCAAAGGCCGGCCGUAGUGCACACGGGAGAACUGUGGACAAUGAUCCAGAGCUUUACGACCCAAGAUACGACCCAAGAUACGGCAUGUACAGUCGUCAAUAUCCAAACAUGACAGGAUAA